AUGACGACCGUGCGGCCGUUUGCGGCGGCUGACCUCUUUGCGUUCAACAAUGUGAAUAUGGACAACUGGACGGAGACGUAUAGCAAUGGAUUCUACCUAAACUACCUGGCACAAUGGCCGGACAUGGCGCUCUCUGCGGUGGCCGCGCACUCGGACCGGAUGAUGGGCUACGUGCUCGGCAAGACCGAAGGGCGUGUCCCUGCGAAAGGGCGUGCGUCUGCGGAGGAGAUGACGCUCCACGGGCACGUCACGGCGGUCACCGUCGCGCCCGAGUACCGCCGCCUGGGCGUCGCACAGAUGCUGAUGGACUUUUUCGAGGUGGUCUCGGAGCACGUAUACCACGCGUACUUUGUCGAUUUGUUCGUGCGUCCCUCGAACGAAAAGGCGGUGGGCAUGUACGAGAAGCGGGGCUACUCUGUCUACCGCAAAGUCCAUGCAUACUACCGCGGGAGCGCGCCCGGGGCGAUGGAAGACGGAUUCGACAUGCGCAAGCCGCUUCCCCGCGACGCCAAGGGGCAGACGGUGCGCAAGAAUGGUACGUACGUGUGCUAA